CCAUUUCUUCCCCCUUUCUUCCUCUUCUUCUUCUUCUUCAUCUCUCUCUCUCUCUCUCUCUGCUCAAGUCAAGCAUUUGUCUAAGCCAACCCAACCAUACUCACUCAUACCCACUUGCUUCCAUAGUUUGGGAUCCUAAAAUGCUCUAAAAACAAAAAACAAGAAAAAAAAAAACCAAUUUAGUCUUUGAUUUCGUGUUUUACCAGUUUUUCCAAGAAAAGCCAGCAAAAAAGUCUUCAGAAAUGGCGUCUUCUGACAAUUUGGCGAGCAUCGAGCCAUGGACGUUUCGUCCUUCCUUUGCCGACUCAUGGAUUUCAGAAGCCUUCGCUCGAGACACUGAAACCCUAACCAAAGCCCUCCAGCAAUCUCUCUCCAACUACUCUUCCCCCGACCCCGUAAUCUCUCCCUUCUUCAAUCUCGUCAAGCCUGAGACCACUCCUCCGCCGCCGCAAAGCGCUGGUUCUGGAUCGGAUCUGGAGACGUCCAAGCGGCGGAACUCGAUUCCGGCCACCGGAAAGCCGACCAAGAGGAAGUCGCGUGCGUCGAAGAGGAAUACGACGACGUUUAUCACCGCCGAUCCGGCGAAUUUCAGGCAGAUGGUGCAGCAGGUGACCGGCGUCAGGUUCGGGGGAAACGGACACUUGCCGGUGGCUCCGGUGCUGAAGCCGGCGCCGCAGAGGCCGGUUAACCGGAUGCAGGGGUGCUUGCCUACGCUUGACACGUCAGCGUUUCUGCUGGACCACCAACACCAGCAGCAGCAGGUGGUGGGAUCUACUACGGCGGCGGAGAUGGUGGCGGCUCAGUCGUCGUCUCCGGGCAUGAAUACGGCGGCGGCUUUGGUGGCUGAGUGUGGCGCGGGGGUAGACUUUGACUCUUUUUCGAGCUUUCCCACUCUGGAGUCGUGGAAAGUAAUGUAAUUUGAAUUGUUUUUUUCAAAUUAUGUGUAAUUUAGUUUUGUUUAUUUGGUUGUUUUUUUUAUUAGUAUGUUUUUUCUCUUUGAAUUUUGUAGUGAUAUUUGGGUGGGGGUAUAUUAAUGUUAAUGUUGAUAUUAAUAUUUAUGAAGGCUAUUUCUGUCUUUUAGUGGUUA